CCCGCUUCGCUAGUCUUUCUUCUCGCUUUUGUAGACUCUACACGGCGCAAGUGUACGAGGCUGGCGUAAAAGGUAGGUACACAGCACACGCAGCGACGCAGCCAGUGUCCAGUGCACAGUCUCUACCUGGUCUCUAGGUCUCUACGGAUUUUCUUGUGUACUUACAACUGUUGUGAAUCGUAAAAGCGACACCACGUAUACUAUCAGAAGAAUGGGAGAUCUGCAGAACCAGGAUGCCAUAGCCGUGGCUCAGCUGGAGUUAGGGAAUAAUCCCAAUGCCCUUGCCUUGCGUAGGCCUUUUGAUCCAAUGGCUCAUGACCUGGACGCAACCUUCCGCUUGACGCGGUUUGCCGACUUAAAAGGAUGAGGGUGUAAGGUCCCUCAGGAGAUUCUUGGCAAACUCCUUGAGGGACUGCAGGCUGACGAUGGUAGCGCCCAGGAUCAUGAGCAUGGACACUUCAUGCACAUGGCCACACCUCGUAUUGGCAUAGGCAUGGAUUCCUCUGUGACUCCACUGAGACACGGUGGCCUCAGUUUGGUUCAAACAACAGACUUUUUCUAUCCACUCGUCGAUGACCCUUACAUGAUGGGUAAAAUUGCUUGUGCCAAUGUGCUCAGUGAUUUAUAUGCAAUGGGAGUAACGGAGUGCGAUAACAUGCUGAUGCUGCUAGGAGUGAGUACAAAAAUGACUGAAAAAGAGAGAGAUGUCGUAGUGCCUCUGAUCAUGCGAGGAUUCAAAGAUUCUGCACUCGAAGCUGGGACUACUGUGACUGGUGGUCAGACUGUUGUCAAUCCGUGGUGUACUAUCGGUGGCGUUGCCACGACGGUCUGCCAAGCAAAUGAAUACAUAGUUCCAGACUUGGCGGUCAUGGGUGACGUGCUGGUCCUGACAAAGCCUUUGGGUACUCAAGUAGCAGUUAAUGCACAUCAGUGGCUUGAUCAGCCAGAUCGUUGGAAUCGAAUUAAGUUAGUCGUUAGUGAAGAUGACGUACGGAAAGCUUAUCAACGUACAAUGGACAGCAUGGCAAGACUCAACCGAAUAGCUGCACGACUAAUGCAUAAGUAUAAUGCUCACGGGGCCACGGACGUCACUGGUUUUGGUCUUUUGGGUCAUGCUCAGACGUUAGCGAAACAUCAAAAAAACGAAGUAUCGUUUGUUAUUCACAAUUUACCAGUUAUUUCUAAGAUGGCUGCAGUAGCCAAGGCCUGUGGCAACAUGUUCCAGCUUUUGCAGGGGCACUCCGCUGAAACCAGUGGUGGACUUCUCAUUUGCUUACCAAGAGAACAAGCUGCUGCAUAUUGCAAGGACAUCGAAAAGCAAGAAGGUUACCAGGCUUGGAUUAUAGGAAUUGUGGAGAAAGGAAAUCGUACAGCUCGAAUAAUUGACAAACCACGAGUCAUAGAAGUGCCAUCAAAAGAGAAGGAUGGCGAGCUAUGGUAAUAAAAAUGGAAGAAAAGACCGCAGGACCUUUUCUAAUUUAAAGAGAAAAGAGGAAAUUGUACCUUUUUGUUUCUAUCAGUUGAAAGUUUGAUAUUUAUCAUGCCUUUUUACACAGAUGAUCAUUGUCUGAUUUUUUUAGAACAUUUUAUUUUUUAUUUGAACUUGUAAAAGAAAAAAGGCAAUGUUACUUUUUUUUAUAAAUUAGUUUCCUGAAUUUUUUUACAAGUUGCUUUAUUUGUUAUGAUUUUACUUGAGUGAGUUAUGUGAAGUUUGAGACAUGUGUGACCAUAAAAAUUCUGACUCAAUCAUACGCACAUGUAUGUAAAUUGAAAAAAAUCAUGUACGAAAGCUCAAUAAUUGAAUAAGAACAAUGUCAUCUAUUUUUGGGUAUAACAAUAAACUUAAAACCUUGAAA